GAGUUCAGGUUCGUUCAGUGUAUGAGGCUUUCACUGAGCAGUUCGACCACCUGAGGGCUGAUAUGGUCGUUUGGGAGCCGUACACUGCUGAUUUCGUGCUAUGGCGAUCCGCUUACCAUGGGAUCUCCAAAUUGUGCUUCAGGGACUCGGUGUUUUGGCUGACCCGGAAGAAACUGGUGUUCGACGUAUUCAUCGAAGACUACGCCACGCACCGCGUGAUGCGCCAGUUUGGAUGGUGCCAGGAGGUCCUGGUCCCCCUGGGAGACCGUGUUCCUGAUUCCGUACACACGUUGUCGACUAAGGGACUACCAAGGAGCAUGGCUGACCUGACCAUCAGGAUGCAGCCCUGUGUGCAGCAAUGGGGCGAUGCGCUUGCGUACGUGAUCGAGUUUGGUGCCCCUUACGAUGACUACAGUUACCAGCAGUAACUGUUGUGGUACAAUACACGGACUCGCACACGUCUUCUUCGUGUCGUGGACCCCCCUCCCCCUGUCAUUCCUCUACUAGCACUGUUGUCUUGUACCCAGGACACGCAGGAGUUGUUCUACAUGUUGCAGUACGUGAAAUCUUCAAAUCCUUACGGCUUUCAACAUUCACAUUACGGCUAUUGCUAAUUAUUAGUCGUGUACCACAUUCUGACAUCGUGAGAGAGAUUCACGAGGAGGCGACGAGUUCAGCAAUGAGGUUGCACGAGCAAGGCACAUGUGGAAUGGCGAUCGAUGAUAUCACUGAAGCGUUCUCACGCCUUUCCACGAAGGCCCGACAUAUCGUGGAGUGCACAUCUUGUCAGCAGCCCGACGUUGUUGUACGUGACCCUUUGGCCGCGCGUCCCACUCAGCGGUCCCCACGACCUUCUUCCGCCUUCGUCCACCAGCAAUAUGCUAGUCCUCAGCCUCCG